ACCUGCUCCGGAAGAGAAAAAGUGUUUCCUACAACGUUUACGUGUUCUUGUGUUAACGUUCUUUCCCACAACGAUGUAUUUCUCCCGAUUUUAUAUAAAUGUCCACUGCAUCCUGACUACUGCGACUAAAAUAACAAUAUAAAUGGAUAAUUUGAUAUUGUGUCAUGUGGCGGCGGUUACCAGACGUUACUCAUCAUAUAAUUGUUUAACAUCGUGGGAUUCAUAUGAUAAAAUACCCAGAGUUCGUGUGGAAUAUUAUGUAAAUGAAAAUACUUUCAAAGAAAGACUGCAACUUUAUUUCAUUAAGAAUCAGAGAUCAAGCUUACGUAUUCGUAUAGCAGAUUUAAUCUUUAAACUACUAGCCUGUGUCUUGUACAUAUUACGAGUGAUAACAGAUACAAAUCCAACAUAUGCAACUUGCUAUAGUUGCAUGAUUAGCAAUAAAUCAGAAUUUCUAGCCUCAGCCGAGCUUACUGAAGAAGAAUUCCAAGAGAAUCCCAUCAUCAACUGGGAAGCGAUAUUGUGGGUAAAUCGGCCAACAGUUCUGUGGGCUGUACAGUUAAUUUUAGCACUAGUUUCACUGACGGAAGCAGUUCUUCUAACCUAUCUUGGCUAUAAGGGCAACAUAUGGCAGCAAAUACUCUCGUUUCAUUUUAUAUUAGAAUUAAUUACGACAAUACCCUUUGCAUUGACGAUAUUAUGGCCGCCUUUAAGAAAUUUAUUUAUACCAAUAUUUCUCAACUGUUGGUUAGCCAAGCGUUCGCUGGAAAAUAUGUUCAACGAUCUGCAUCGCGCCAUGCAAAAAUCACAAUCGGCUCUUUCGCAGCAACUGACAAUAUUGUCAGCGACCCUGCUAUGUCUCGUCUUUACCAGUGUUUGUGGGAUACAACAUUUUCAACGUGCCGGUCAUCGUCAUUUGAAUUUGUUCCAAAGUACAUAUUACGUGGUCGUCACUUUUUCAACGGUCGGUUACGGCGAUUUUGUUCCCGAUAUAUGGCCUUCGCAGUUGUACAUGGUCAUAAUGAUAUGUGUAGCUCUAAUUGUAUUGCCCACUCAGUUUGAACAAUUGGCCUUUACAUGGAUGGAACGGCAAAAACUAGGAGGUAGCUAUUCAUCUCAUCGUGCACAAAGCGAAAAACAUGUUGUUGUUUGUUCGACGACACUACAUGCCGACACCAUAAUGGAUUUUCUAAAUGAAUUCUACGCACAUCCGUUGCUGCAAGAUUAUUACGUAGUACUCUUAAGUCCAAUGGAAUUAGAUACAACCAUGCGAAUGAUAUUGCAAGUACCCAUAUGGGCACAACGUGUUAUUUAUAUACAGGGUUCUUGUCUUAAAGACGGAGAUUUGGCUCGAGCCCGUAUGAAUGAAGCUGAAGCGUGCUUUAUAUUGGCCGCCCGAAAUUAUGCUGAUAAGACUGCUGCCGAUGAGCACACAAUCCUGCGUUCGUGGGCUGUCAAGGAUUUUGCACCCAAUGUUCCACAAUAUGUUCAAAUAUUCCGGCCUGAACAUAAACUGCAUGUGAAGUUUGCAGAGCAUGUUGUGUGCGAAGAUGAAUUCAAAUACGCAUUGUUGGCUAAUAAUUGCACAUGCCCCGGAGCUAGCACUUUGGUAACACUGCUGCUGCAUACAUCGCGGGGACAAGAAGGUCAACAAUCACCCGAGGAGUGGCAUCGUUUAUAUGGUAAAUGCUCAGGCAACGAAAUCUAUCACAUCGUAUUGGGCGAUAGCCGUUUUUUCGGUGAAUAUGAGAACAAAAGUUUUACGUAUGCGAGCUUUCAUUCACAUCGAAAGUAUGGUGUAGCUUUAGUGGGUGUGCGGCCCGCUGAACUACCUGAAUUUUAUGAAGACACUAUCCUUUUAAAUCCUGGCCCUCGACAUAUAAUGAAAAAGGACGAUACAUGUUAUUACAUGAGCAUCACCAAGGAAGAGAACUCUGCCUUUGUUGUUAAUCAAAAUCAACAACAACAGAAUUUGGAAGCAAACACACAGAAGGAAACGAUUAAAAGCACAACAUCAACCAGUAUUAACGGCAAUAGUGCGGCUACAACAACAACAGCCACAACGACAACAAUCAUCAACACCUUCAGUAGCAUCACCAAUACCAUCACAAAUACUGUCUCCACUAGUUCAACGUAUUUGAGUAUGAAUGUGAAUGUAUCAUCACCCGUCACUCCAGUGUCGUCCGUAUGUGCUCGCGUACCCAAUAGCCCUAGUUAUGAGUCGGGGGGUGCUGAAAUGCCCAUACUAGACAACCAGCAAUAUUCCAAUUGUGAAUUUACAAAACUACACGUGCCCACAAUUCCUACAACAGCUAAUGACAACCCAACAUCUGUGAUAAACUCAGAGUCCAAACAAAAUUUUAAGGAUACAACUGUAACAUCGACUGACGCAACGUACACAUCUGCUGCUACAACAACAACAGGGACUAUAAUCCCUAUUAAUGCAUCACUCGCAAUGAAUCUGUGUGCAACUUCAGGGCCCAGCUUUCAUAGCGGCUUGGGUAAUACUCUCGGUAUUGGAAUGGUCACUAGCACAACAACAAGCAAUCAUUUAGAUGUACCACAAGCGGGUAAUCCAAAUUUAUUGAGUCCUGACAUUUUGAAUCAGAGAAGAGGUAGUCGCCGACCAUCCAUUUUGCCCGUACCGGAUAUGUUUACGUCAUCAUCGUUUAGUAUAACGGGGAACGAGGAUGGUGAUGAAGGAGACGAAAGUGAUGAUGAAGUAGAAGAUGACGUGCCAUGGCGAUCACCCUCCGAAAAAAUUGCUUGUCUCGGUGGCCAUUUUCCGCAAUCACGUACCUAUUCACUGAUUGUGAGCUCAUCAGAAGAUUCUAACUUGCGUGACUGCUUUUGCAACAGUAGCACUUGCCGCAAUAGUGGUUCACCUACAACGCAUAUUUUUAGUCGCCAUAUGCAAAAAAUGAAAAAAAGUUAUAGCUGCGACAGCGACUGCGGCCGUCGAUCGGCAAUUUAUGAGAGGGGCUAUCGAAUUACGGCCAUACCACAAAUGCAGGCAAACGCUAUGAUCCCUACAACAACAGGUGCCGUUGUAAUAUUGAACGGUGGUCAACAACAAUUAUAUGAUACUUGUUGUUCCUGUUCAACCACCAGCUCUGUGGUACCGGCAUCAACAGCGACUGCAGCCACUUUCACUACUGUCAGCCAUCAUCAAAGAAUGACGGCCCAAGCCACCUUAAGCAGUUCAGGUUCAAUGCAAGCCACACGUCCCAUAUGGGCGGCCGACUACAGCGGUAUCGUUAAAGGAUUUCCGCCGGUCUCACCAUUUAUUGGUGUUAGUCCUACGCUAUGUUAUUUGCUUAAGGAGAAGAAACCAUUAUGUUGUUUACAAUUGGCACAGGUAUGCGAACAUUGUAGUUACCGGAAUGCGAAAGAGUAUCAAUGGCAGAAUAAAACCAUCAUUUUGGCUGCCGAUUAUGCUUCGAAUGGAAUUUACAAUUUCAUUAUUCCGUUAAGAGCACAUUUUCGAUCGAAAACCUCGUUAAAUCCUAUCAUAUUGUUAUUAGAACGACGACCGGAUGUAGCAUUCUUAGAUGCCCUCUCUUAUUUUCCAUUGGUCUAUUGGAUGUUGGGUUCUAUAGACUGUUUAGAUGAUUUAUUAAGGGCAGGCAUUACACUGGCUGAAAGUGUGGUGGUUGUUAACAAAGAAUUAUCAAAUUCAGCCGAAGAGGAUUCUCUGGCCGAUUGUAAUACGAUCGUAGCGGUGCAAACCAUGUUCAAGUUCUUUCCCAGUAUUAAGAGCAUAACCGAAUUAUCGCAGAGUUCAAAUAUGCGUUUCAUGCAAUUUCGUGCUCAUGACAAAUAUGCAUUACAUCUAAGCAAAAUGGAAAAGCGUGAAAAGGAACGAGGAUCACAUAUAUCCUAUAUGUUUCGUUUGCCAUUUGCGGCCGGUGCCGUAUUUAGUGCCUCCAUGUUAGAUACGUUAUUGUAUCAGGCAUUUGUUAAGGAUUACGUUAUAACUUUUGUACGUUUACUCUUAGGAAUUGAUCAAGCUCCAGGUAGCGGUUUUUUAACAUCGAUGCGCAUCACCAAAGAUGAUAUGUGGAUACGCACUUACGGACGCUUGUACCAGAAAUUAUGUUCGACCACUUGUGAAAUUCCGAUCGGUAUUUAUCGUACUCAGGACACUUCGAACACGGAGGCAACACAUGUGAGUAACACACCUGAAGAGAAAUGGGGACCAUUUUUCGCUUUCGGAAAGCACUGUGUGCGCUUGCGACCAUCGUAUGAGGAAGAUACAGCUAUAACACCCGAUUCAACGAAAGGUAGCAACGAAGUGUUACGAAGUGUUACAUAUCGUCCACCGGCAAUGAGUGGCCCCAUUUCCCAACAAACUAGCAGCCACCCAACACACCAUCAUAAUAAAUCAACGACAUGCUUGGGUGGCUGCACUGAACGUAAGGAAUCAUCUGUAAGUACAAUUUUAUUUAAAAAAUACUAAAAAAGUUUCAUAGUUAACUUUUUGGUACUCACCAUCCUGAAAAUAAUGGUGGGAAUAUUUUGUUCAUUUCGCUUUUUCGCCGAUGUUUUAGAUGACUCUAGGAAGUGCGAGUAACGUCAUAGUGAAAUUUUAAAGGGGUUUUGGCUUAGCAAAUUUAUACUCCAAGUUUUAAACUAGCAACUGCUAUUAAUUGUAAUUUACAAGACUUUGCUUAAGAUAAACACGACUUUCGUUUUGGGUACUGUGCCCAAUUAUGUACUCGAUCUGUAGUUUAUUUAUCGGGAUUCAACUUUCUAUCUCAAUGGCUUAAUCUGCAAUAUUUUAAUGGCAGACGAUAGAUACCUAGGCGGUAGAUCAGGCGAACAGACGUGACUAAAACGAUAAAGAAGUCUCAUUAAGCGUUUCAUGGGACGGGAGGAUGAAUCCAACAUAUCUCCAUAUCUUGAAGUUACGCCUCGCACCCUUUUGCAUGCACCAAGUACUUUAGAGUCUCUCAAAAAGAGUGUUACUUUAUAUAAGUUAUCCAAUAGAUCUAUGCCUUUACGAAUUGCAUAUCAGGUUAUCACGUUUUGCUGAAAAUAAAGUUCUAAAUAUGGACUAUAUUUAUGAGAAAUUCAAUAUAUAA